AUGAAUCAUCUACCAAAUUUCUCAUCUUCCGUCUUUGGCCCAAAAGAAAUCACUGUCGAUUUUAUACAAUCACACCCGGAUAUCUCGUAUCUCACCUUCCAGCUACUGGACACCGAAGACCUCAAAAAUAUAUGCCUAGUAUCAAAGUCCUGCAAUGCAUUGGCUACACCAUUGCUAUACCGAUCUAUUGUCCUGGAAUUCGAGAAAGCUCAAGAAGCAAAUGCACUGGAACUGACAGAUCCCCGAGACUGGAAAUGUAGGUUCUCGGUGCUUCUACCGUAUCUAUUGGAUGACAGGAAUACCCGUGCCCAAGACUGGGUGCGUGAUAUUACGCUGAGUCUUGCUCCUUGUCCAAGGAAUUCGAUACAGCCCACGGCGAAGAUUCAGAAAAUAGAGGACGGACUCGUCGCAUUACUUGAAAAGCUACCAAAUGUCCAGAAUAUCUACUUGGAUGAGGACAUACACUUCACACAACGUUUCCUAGAUGCCAUAGCGAGUCACGCUGGCAGGCCUUAUCUGCAUCUGCUAGGAGAGAAUGGCAAAACUCAACUCACAAAUCCAAUGCCUAUGGUCCGUACCUUCAAUGUGCACGUCAGUAUUCGGACCUUUGGAAGAACUAAGGCAGGAGAAGUGGAUUUGAAUAAGAUAUUCGCUGCUUGUCCCAACCUCCGGAAUCUAUCUGUCUCCACAGACAGGUUUAUUCGGGGGUGUGGGAUGGGUGGCCGUACCUCAGGCGCAAUCAUUAGGCCAUACGAAUAUACUCCAGGGAAAAGGGCACCUCCCUUGGAAAGUUUGUCUAUAGAAGGGUACCAUAUGAACUCACUCGAGGCAUCUCAUUGGCGAGACGGAUUCAAGUGGGACAUUUUGAAGUCCCUUACCCUCGGCCCUGAAGAUAACAAAGGAAUAUUCGAUGCGUUUCCUAGCAGUUUGUUAUCCCUGACGAUACUCGAGAUCUUGGCCUGGCCGACCAAGAGACCAGGUGAAGACAGAACUUACAAGGACGAGGCACUCGAUGCCUUUUUGCUAUCGUUCAACACGUUGGAAACCCUCAUCGUGAAGGGUUAUUCUCCUUCCAUCGGGGCAGUUGCCAACCAUCAUUCCUUGAAACACCUCUGUCUUCACGAAAUUGAGCAGGUAUAUACGCCCAGAGAAUUUACAGAGACCAGUGAACUCCAAGAGUUAGAUGCACUCUGUCCCGAUCUCGAAUAUCUGGAGCUUGAUAUCAGCCAGAAGGAUGGCAGUUGGCCUCGGGACUUCAUCAUUGCUUUCACAAAAAGUUUCAUGAAUCUUCGCUCUUUGCAUUUCCACGUUGCAUUUGGAUUUGACAGGCUAGUUGAUGGCGAGGGGGGAUGCAUUGAUGAGACCGAAGAGCAGAUGAACAAAAUUCUCACCAACUCCAAAGUCAAAGCCUUCCUUGAGAUUCUCUCUAAUCGAGACUCAUCUUCAAAACUUCGGAAAUUGACGUUCAGAACAGGUGAAAAAUUACGUCGUUUCCGGCAGUGGUGGCCGCAGUAUGCGAACAUUGAAAAGAGACUGGCUAGAACCUUUGAAGUGUUGUUUCCAUUUGAUCAGGAUGCAUUGCCUGUCGUCAAAGAGACGAAUAUAACUCGUUAUACUCAUGCUUGUGGGACCACUACAGAUGGAAUAACGUUAGCUUGUGACCCUGCGGAUUGCCCCCUUUCUCAGGAUAGGGUGUGGGAUUGA